ACGGCGCGCAGCGGCGCACGCGAGCCCAACGGCCGCCGCCGCGCGGGAAGCCUUACCACCGAAGCCCCGCCCCGCGCGGGUUUGAACGAAGCCCCACCCAGCGCUCAGCCAAUCGGCGGGCGCGCAGCGGCGCCAUGGCGACCCUUUGUGGUCGCUGAGCAGCUCCCUGGCUCGGAGCGGAGCGGCGGCCGGCCUGGCGGCGCAGGGCACGAUGUUUGCACGAGGACUGAAGAGGAAAUGUGCUGACCAGGAGGAAGACGGGGAGGGUGCCCCUGCUGGCUUUGGCUCCGUCCCUGCCUAUAGCCUACAGCGGCAGUCGCUCCUGGACAUGUCCUUGGUCAAGCUCCAGCUCUGCCACAUGCUGGUGGAGCCCAAUCUCUGCCGCUCGGUCCUCAUCGCCAACACCGUCCGGCAGAUCCAGGAGGAGAUGAGCCGGGAUGGCGCAUGGCGAGGGGCAGCACCCCAGAGUGUGGGGCGGGUGCCGCUCGACCGCCUGGUGUCCACGGAGAUCCUGUGUCGCACAGCGAGGGGGCCGGAGGCGGGGCACCCUGUUCCUGACCUGGGAGAUGACCCCUUGCAAGGCCCAGUCUCCGAACUUUCCACAGUCAGUUCAGCACAGGUGCCAAGGAACCCUCAGAGCAGCCUUUGGGAUUCGGGCAACCCUCAGGAAAACAGAGGAAGCUUUCAGAAGUCUCUAGAUCAGAUAUUUGAGACCCUGGAGAACAAAAGCCCCAGUGCUGUGGAGGAGCUGUUCUCUGACGUGGACAGUUCCUACUACGACCUGGACACUGUGCUGACAGGAAUGAUGGGGGGCACGAAGCCAGGCCUCUGUGAUGGGCUCGAGGGCUUUGCCACAGCAGCCUCACCUCCUGGCUCCAGCUGCAAGUCUGACCUGGCUGAACUGGACCAUGUGGUGGAGAUCCUAGUGGAGACCUGAGGCCCCCAGUGGGCCACGGACAAGGCCACAUGCCCCAGAGAGCUUUUCUGAUGUACUGUGGCCACACAGACACACAGGGCCGCAGUCCUGUGAAGAGUUCGCACCACGGCAGCCUGCGUCCUAGCCCUGUUGGGCAGUCUGCUGAUUCCAAGAGUGUCCUGGGACAGACUCUCAUCGGCAAGGGCUACAGACCCUAGGCCUGUGCCUGUUCCCUGGGGAGGGCAGGGCAGAGGCUGAUGCUGGGAGCUGGGAGCUCUCCGAAGGCUCCUCAGCCCUGGGCUAGGUGGCAUCCCAUAGCCCUGGGCCCUCGUUCCUUUUGUGUCCUGGCUGCAGCUCCCAUGGAAGAUGGCGAGCCACAGGCUGCAUCCAAACUCAUUAAAUCUAGAUAGGUGAACUUUUAAAACUCAGUCUUACACAUUUGGGGCAAUAUUUUGUCUUAAGGUAUUUUUUUAAAACUUUUUAUACUUUAUCUCUUUAAAUUUUUGCAGUUAUUUUCUUAAAAGUCUAUUUUUUUGUAUAAACAUCCUUUGCUGCUACAUUAGAAACGUGUGUAACCUGAACAAUUGCAGUUGGUGUAUUUCAUUGUUGGAAAGUUUAAAUGGAAAUUUUUUUCAGUGAGGCAGCAGUGUAAGGGUUCUGUUUUCUACUUCAGCUGUUUGCAGGACCCUCUUAGGUUUUGUUACAACAGAGUGCGCUUAAAAUGGGAACUGCGCGCAGCUGGUACCCUCUUCACUAGACCUGCUCUGAGGCCUUGUCUCUUUGCCUUAGUGUAAUGAUGGAGGGCUCUGUUUAUGCCCAUUUACAUAUGCAAAUGCCACUGGAGGCAAAGGUCAGGAUUUGUGUGGAAAUCACAGGCACCAUUUGCUCUUCAGAAACUGCAGUCAGCCUUCCUUCAGGUGGUCACAGAGGGCGCCUUCCCUAAGUUCCUGGCAUGGCCCUGGCAGAGCUGUGUGCCCCUUUGGAGCAUGCACAGUGGGCUGCUGUGUGCCAGGCACGCGUGUCAGAAAGGGUGUGUCUGUGCGCUGUUGGGGUAGAAAUACUUAGACCUGCUCUAUUAAAUUGGUGCUAGAACAGAAUUUUAAGGUUAAAUUUAAGUCCAGAAUGAAAGAACUCUGACUGUGUAACUUAUGUCCCCUUGAUCUGAAAGGUCAUGUGAUGAGCUGCCCCAGGAAGGGAGCUGGUGUGGCCCUGUGCCCGACCUGCCACAUCUCCAGGUCCUUGCUGCCUGCCACGCACGGGUGUCCCUGUCUCAGCCUGAAAGGCUUGUUUUCCUUUGUGCAUAUGACCAUUGUUCAGCAGGGAUUGUUGUAAACCUCACUUUAUUAAAAAUCUGUCCAACACCCAAGAUGGGAAGGUGUUGUGUCAGUUUUCCCUGGUUGGCUUCAGCUGUACCGUCUGCCUGCCUGUGGAGGCAGGGGAGGCUCUUCACUUGGAUACACCAGCCAAUGAUGGUUUUCCUUUUCCUGACCUUAGGUAGAGCCUCUCGGGUCAGGCACAUCACGGCAGCGCGGCCGGCUCUCUCUCUUUCCCAUCCGUGGAGGGCUGCCUCCUGAUGAGAGCACUGCUCCCCCAGGAUGCUCAAGGGUGCGUGUCCAUAGCAUGACCGGAAGCAGUGUUGGCUUUCUCUGCAGCAUUUCUGUUGUAAAUCUCACGAGUUCAUUUCAGAUUGGCCGAGUGUAAGAUGAAGCAAGGGAGCGUGCU